UAUAUUAUUUUGAUAUAAAGUGGAAGGAUGAAAUACCUAAAUGUUCGUUAAAUGAUAUAUUGCACUGUGCAGUUCAGUUUUAACAUGGUGGUCAAGUGAACCAGGACUCAAUAUACCUAAUUUUAAUAUGACCGUGUGAUGGCAUUUUUGCAUAAACAUUUAUAGGAUUAUUUUGAUUGAAAUCAACAGAAAUGGCAAAGAAAUUAGUAUCUCUUGUGGUAAUAAUAUUAAUUGCACAUGUUUGUACAUCAAGUCAUGUGUUCCACGUAAACACUGGUAUAACAUUCCGACCGGAUUUUGAUGCUGAAUACUUCGGAUACUCUGUUAUUUUGAGUCCUGAUGGACUAUUAGUUGGAGCCCCUAAAUCAAAAGAACUCAAAGAUUCCUCGACGGGAAUCAAACCUGGGAUGGUGUUCAACUGCUCUCUGAGCAACUUGGAUGCAAAGUUUGGAUCUUGCACUGCCGUGAAACGAUCUGGAAGAUUGGGUAACGACAAUCUCAUUAGCAGGUUGAUGCCUGGUUUCCUUCGAGAUGACAUGUGGUACGGAGCGUCAAUGGUGUUACUGCCUAAUGGAAGACUGUUGGUCAAUGCCCCGAGAUGGACAUCUCCUUAUGGAAAGAAACAUUUAUUAUUGAAUGGGAUUAGUUUACUGCAGACAAGGAGAGGAAACCGACCUUUACAUUGUUUGAAAGAUUACAAUCGUCAAGCUUACGUAACUGAUGGGAGUAGGCGAGAGUAUGGAGCAUAUGGUACACAUCUGAAUUUCUACGCAUAUGGUCAAGCUGGGAUGUCGGCAGCAGUUACCAAGAUGAACACAGUUAUACUAGGGGCUCCUGGUCUUCUACAAUGGACUGGUGGCAUUAUAAGUCUAUCAUUCUUUCCAAAUGACACCGGAACAUACACGAACAAGUUACCAACAAUGAAUCCUUAUCUCACCAAAGAUUUGGGACCUGAUGACUACUUUGGAUAUAGUGUGGACUCUGGAAUAUUUGAUAGCAGUGGCCAGGUGUUAUACGUGGCUGGAGCGCCUCGAUACAACAUUGCAAGUGGUCAGGUAGUCAUAUUCGAACCACCAACAGAGGAGCUUGUGGCUUUAACCAUCAAGGCAAAAAUCAGGGGUCCUCAAACCGGCUCAUACUUUGGAGCCAGUAUUUGCAGCACAGAUCUUAAUGGAGAUGGGCUUGAUGACCUUCUAGUUGGAGCACCAACGUACGUCAAAGAUGAUGGCGGUCUCCCUUAUGAUCAAGGAGCUGUUUUUGUUUAUUUGUCUAAGGAACAGGGUGGUAGUUUUGUUUUAGUCGAACAUGGCAUGGUAACAGGAUCUGGUACUAAUGGAGCUUGGUUUGGACUCUCCAUUGCUGAUCUUGGAGACAUUGAUGGCAAUGGCUUUAGAGAUGUAGCUAUAGGAGCACCAUGGGAAGAUGAUGGAGCAGGCGCAGUCUACAUUUAUAGAGGGUGUUCUAAAGGGCUUAGUGAAGAUAACGUACAACGUAUCCAAUCAAAGACGGCCAGAGGUUUUGGUUGGUCAAUAGCCAAAGGCGUCGAUAUAGACCAGAAUAACUGCAGUGAUCUAGCCAUCGGAGCUCAUAACAGUCAAACAUCAUACCUCUACCGAUGUAUUCCAACCAUCAAAGUGCACGCGUCAAUUAAGGUUCCUAAUGCAAUAAACCUGCCUUAUAAUACCACAAGUUUUCAAGCUGAGUUCUGUAUAUCAUCUCCAUCAAUGGAACUUUGGCCUAACGUAGAAUUAAACAUUGUGGCGAAUAUUGAGGCUGACCCUGAAUCCAACAGAGCAAUGAUAUCAGGGGACCCAAAAUACAGAGUCCGUGUAACACCAGGUAUAGAAACAUGUGAUGAGCAAGAGAUUGAAGUUAAUCCAACUGCUGAUUUAUCGAAGCCAAUAGAAUUAGUAUUUCAACUAGAGCCUGAUGAAUUAAUGAAAGAUAAUUCAUCAACAUUUUUGAUGAAUGCUGCAAGAUUAUCCGAGGAUUCGACUUUAAAAACUUCAUUUCUCAUACAACUAAUGAGGGAUUGUGGUGAAGAUCUUAUCUGCACUCCGUGGUUGGAUUUGACAUUGGAAGCUUUGAAUAAUCCAUAUGUUCCAGGAACAAACGCAACACUUGGAGCAAGAAUCACAAUAGUCAACUUUGAAGAACCAGCAUAUGCUGCAAAAGUGAAUAUUUCUCUGCCAAUGUCACCAAAAAGGAUACCUAGCGAAUGUUCCUUACAAAACUUAGAGAUGGUCUGCAAUGUUCCGUCGCCCUUACUUAGAGGCGAAAAGAUUGUAUGGGAAAUUGAAUUGGAUUAUGAAAUGAACCAUGAUGUGAAUGAUACUGAUGACACUGUUUUAGAAAUACGAGUUGAAUUGAGUGAUCCAUUGUAUAGACACGUUACUGAUGAUAAUGUUACUGAAUUGUUUAUUAGCGUCAAACAUGAAGCGAACUUUAGUAUUAGUGGAAAGGCAAUGCCAAAUGCAACGCUUUCAAUCCCAAGGGACGGUGUGGCAGUAGGAACAAACUUCACAUUUAAACAUUAUUUUGAGAUUACAAAUCUUGGUCCAUCGGACUCAUCAGAUUUAGAAGUUUUUAUAACAGUACCGGACAGAAUAAACGUGUCUGCAAACAUUACUGGUUGUGAACCAGCAGACAAUACGAAUGGUGUGUUGAAGUGCGUUUGGUCAGUACCAGCUAAAGUGUCUCAUCCAGUGUACGUUCCUCUGCAAAUGGAUCUUAGCAAAGAAGGGAGUUACCUUCUGGAGAAUUCUACGUAUAACGCUACGACUAAAGUCACCGUUCUCUUCAGAAAUAAAGUCACCAAUUUCGAGGUGACGACCCGGUUGAUUCUGGAACCCGAAAGUAUAACUUGGAAGUUGAUAUUGAUAUGUGUGCUGCUCGGCUUAUCAGUUCUUGCUGUGAUAGUAACAAUACUAUAUAAACGAGGAUUCUUCCAGAGAACUACUCACAGAAUGCUACAAGAACAGAAGAAUAAUCAAAGAUUAAUACAAGAGAGUGAUUCUUCGUCAGGACCAACAGAAGAGGAUCAGGAUAUCCCGCUAGAUGAUUCUGAUGAAGAGUUAUAA